UGUAAAACCUUGAUGGCGUCCAUCUUUCGCCACCGCAGUAUUUUCGUUCUCUUCUGCUAUGACAUAUUGUCAAAUGUUGUCAAAUAUGCGGAGAUUUAGCAAGUUUUAACGUUUUAGUAAAUAAUCUUAUCGUGCCAAAAUGAUAUAACUACGUUUACACUUAAUUUAUUUUACCGUAUUAUCUACAAAUAAUUUAUGCAAUCGUCUCGCACCAUACAAUCGAAAGCAGCAUGAGUGAUUCCAGCAGGAAGACUUCCAAUGGUGCUGUGGAGCAGAUCAUGAGGAAUAUGACGAAAGACAUAAACAAUUCGGACGGUACCUAUAUACAGUUCACGUCAUCUUCGACGCCACCGCAGGACACAUGGAACAUCCAUCCGCAACCGUCGUACAUACCAUUCAACAUGCACAGGCAACCUGAAGCAGCAAUGCCCCCAUACAACAUGGAACAGUAUCCACAAUCAGUACCCUACAACUACAUCCCCCAGCAGCCCAUGUAUGGCAAUGAGCAUUAUGAGAAACACUUGCCUACCCAACAUGACAUGAACUAUGUCUUUCCACCAGCCAGUGUGCCAGAGUUUGUCUUCUCAUCAGAGUACAAGUCUUUCCUAUCAAAAAAUAUGCAUAACAUCAACAUGUCUGAACAUGCGUACAUCCAACCACAGCCAAAUGGUGACUACAUGCAACAGGAGCCAAUGCAACAACCACCAAUGCAAAGCAGGUCACCUUUAAUUGAUAAUGUGGUUGGGAACUGGACACCUACAACCAGUGGAACAUAUUCACCAUUUGGUAAUACAUCCAGUUUCAAUACAAGUAAUAUUUUUGAACAAGUACAAGACAUGGAGUAUGCUAACAACAAGCCCAAACAAGUGGUUGAACCCAAGGCUAAUGAGAAAUAUGUGGAGUUUGAGCCAAGGACUGAAGAACCACCAAGUUUUCAGUUCAACAGGGAUACUAAGAAGCCCAGGAUGGUGGCUGAAGUAAAGCCAAUGAGGCCAAGUUAUUCAGAUGUGCUGUUGAAGUCCGUGCCGCCAACCACCACGAUGGCAUCAUCAAAAAUCAAGCUUGACAACAAAGAUAAAGAAGCAAAACCAAACAAAAAAGAUGCUAAAAAGGUUGUGAAACAAGUGAAACCUAAUAACUCAUUGAACAGAUCCAAUACUUCAAAUGAAAUUAAGGACCUGGGCAAUGAUAAGGUAAAUAAUUUCAAAAACUCUGAGAAAUCAGUGAAGGACAACAAAAAUAAUAAUCUGAAUAGGAAGUGGGCUUCCUUGGACAAUGUGGCUGAUUCAUACUCAGAUUUCAAAAAUGAGUUGAAUGAUGUUAAGAAGCCUAAACCUAAGGUGGACGGCGGACUUUCAGCUGCAGUAAAUAAAACACAAAGUAAGGGAAGUCAAAAGAAGAUUUUGAAAAACGAGAGUAGCGACGCGGACACCACGAGUACCAACAAGUCAGAUACAUUGACAAACAGUAAAGUGACUGCCAGAAAAGCUUUGAAGACGCCUGGACGCGUUAAAAACCAUGAUAACGGUUUUAACAAUGACAGCAGGUCUUCAGGAAAGAGAUCUCAACGAGCAAGGAAGAAAGAUUCAAAUGUUCUUUUUGGAGUGUAUGGGCAAAAAACCUGGGAAUAUCUAUCUUCAUGGUGGAAAUACAUUGUGAAAUUUUUCAUGUGGCUUUUCCACCUGGUUGCUGAUAUCCUGAGUCUUAGCAUUCAUCUUAGCAAGGACAUAGGUACAAACUUUUACUCUUGGGCGACAAUUAACUACGUGACAUUUAUGGAAUCUACCGUGGCUAUCAUUAAACGAAUAAAAGUGUUAACCUGGAUCUAUGAAAAGUUUAAAAAGGAACCCGAGAAGAAACCACCGAUUUCUAAUUCUGGUCUUCAUAACAAUAUAAACAUGCCAACUACUGGUGAGGAGGCUAUGAAGCGACUUUUGGCCUGCAAAGGCAAGGAUCCUUAUAGUAUCCUUGGCGUAACGCCGCUUUGUACAGACGCUGAUAUCAAGAAUUAUUACAAGAAACAGGCCAAACUUGUGCAUCCAGAUAAAAACCAACAACCUGGCGCGGAGGAGGCAUUUAAGAUACUUGUACAUGCGUUUAAUAUGAUUGGUGAACCAGAACGGCGUGCAGCGUAUGACCGCGGUGUUGCGGAAUCAGCGCAGGCUGAGCAGGCGAUGACGGAGCUUACUGAGUUGCUUGUGCAGCUUCAGCAGAAGGUAGAAGCAGCCGCGAAUACCAUUCGCUGUAGUGCGUGUGGUUUACGACAUAAACGCGUCAAGGUCGAUAGGCCAAUCUACGCUGCGCGUAAUUGCGCGUCUUGUAAGAUCCAUCACUCUGCGCGUGAGGGCGACAUUUGGGCGGAAGCUCGUUGUUUUGGUUUCCUGUGGUACUACUUUGCGUGCAUGGACGGCGGCGUUUAUGACAUCACUGAAUGGGCCGCAUGCCAGAAGGACAGUCUCAAGCACCUCAAACCGGACUCGCAUAAUGUGCAGUACCGUAUCGCACUCGGCAAGCAGGCGAACACCGGCCCAGGUCGGCGGCAACACCAGCCGGCGAAUAUGUCUUUUCCGAGGACGAAUGACCGCAAUGCAGAUCUCAACAGCUUCAUCAACAACCUGUAUGGGCAGACGGCAGGCACGGAUGCUGCACAGGCGGCUGGCAUGAGGCGCAAGCCCAAAAAGACCAAAUGAUGCACUCAUAUCUUAAUGUAAAACUAAUUAAUCUCUGUAUGAUCGCAUGUGCAUGCUUGACUUGAAUUCAGUACCUAAUUUAGUAGUCUCCUCGUCCUCCACUGUGGAAACGUUUUAAGUAACUCAAAUCGCUUUAAAUUCAAUACGUGAAAAUACAGAGAAAUUAACGUAAGAAAAUCACAAUGCACCAGCGUCGAGCGGGCGAGCAUCCCAAAUACAUAAUGUGUACCUCAUAAAUGAUAAUUACACAGCAGACAUAAGUGUAUUUUACGAACGAUUUCAUUAACUAUAAGCCUACAAACUUCCAAAUACAAUCAAAUAUACAGAGCAGCAAAUAA